CUAAAGCUAGGGAUAAUUAUCGUUUGAAGCAGCCCCGAGCACCUUGGAGUUAAACGCCACAAGGGGGUGUCGAUUUCCUAUUUCUAGGAGGCCGUCUGAGUACGGAAGAUAAAAUAUCAGAGCUACUCCCCUACAAACUCACUCAUUUAUUACUACAACCGACUCACUCAUUCAGGUUUUCCAGCAAUUUCCUUAGCUGAUUAAUCUGUUUAUUUAGCAGCCGUCAAGAAAAUAGGUUGAACCAUUGAAGACUAAAUAUUCUCCAGGUAGAAGUAAUGGUGGAAUGGUGGUGGUCUUUAGUGGGAGCUGCUGUGCCAGCUGUAAUGGCAGGUCAAGCUUUCAGGAUGAAAAAGAGGAGAGAUGAGGAGGAGAGGUUAAAGAGGGCGAGAGGACGCGAGAAGAACUCUGAUGAUAUAUUUGUUUGUGAAAGAGUGUGUACUUCAAAAAGGAUGCUCAAGAAGGUUGGUGCAUUUUCUAAAGACCCGACACCAGAUACUUGUGUUACCGUUUGUGGUGUUUCCGAGCUUGAUGCUUGUGCUGAUGCAUGUGCUCGGACUGUUUGUGUUAAUCAGCAUCAAGUGCCUAACUGGAACGAUAUCUGUCUUAAAAGGUGUCAAAGUGAGUGUCUUAGGAUCUCACAAUCUUCUGUAGUGUCUUCUUAGCCCAUUGCUCUAACAUUUUGCUUUAUCAUUUCAAGAAUUCUGGUCUAUUGACAGUCUUUUAAAGUUCAUGAAUAUCAUUUGUGCUAUCUAUUUUGACUAUGUAUCGAGAUCUUGAUAUUGGUAGCUUG